CUUUCUGAGAGCAGUAUGUCUCUGGAAAGCGUGUGGGCUCCAGAGGCAGCAGACAUGGGGGAUGGACCUGCCAAGAAAGCUGGCAACCAGGCCUCCAUGCAGACACAGGUCCUCCAGACUGCCUCACUAAAGGACGGCCCAGCAAAGAGGGCAGUAUGGGUCCGUCGAGAGAGUGCCGAGACAGAAGACCCUGAGAAGUCAACCGCGCCCAAGGUCAGGUCCAAGUUAGAGGUGACCAAAGCAGUGGUCGUGGAUCUCGGCACCGGCUUCUGUAAAUGUGGCUUUGCUGGCCUGCCAAAGCCCACUCACAAGAUCUCAACAACAGUGGGCAAGCCCUACAUGGAGACAGCCAAGACUGGGGAUAAUCGCAAAGAGACCUUCGUGGGGCAUGAGCUCCUUAACCCAGACAUACAUCUCAAGCUGGUCAACCCCCUGCGUCAUGGCAUCAUUGUGGACUGGGACACAGUACAGGACAUCUGGGAAUACCUCUUCCGACAAGAGAUGAAGAUCGCCCCGGAGGAGCAUGCAGUCCUGGUCUCGGACCCACCCCUGAGCCCUCACACCAACAGAGAGAAGUAUGCUGAGAUGUUGUUUGAGACCUUCAACACACCUGCAAUGCACAUCGCCUACCAGUCCCGCCUGUCCAUGUACUCGUAUGGACGCACGUCCGGGCUGGUGGUGGAGGUGGGCCACGGUGUGUCCUAUGUGGUACCCAUCUAUGAGGGUUAUCCUUUGCCUAGCAUCACGGGGCGGCUAGACUAUGCAGGAUCUGACCUGACGGCCUACCUGAUGAGCUUGAUGAACAACUCUGGAAAACACUUCACAGAUGACCAGACCAGUAUUGUGGAGGCCAUCAAGACAAGAUGCUGCUUCGUGGCCCUGGACCCCAUCGAAGAGAAGAAAAUCCCUCCCAGUGAACAUGAGAUCCAAUAUACUCUGCCUGAUGGGAAAGAGAUCCGUCUGGGCCAGGAGAGGUUCCUCUGCUCGGAGAUGUUCUUCAAGCCGUCGCUGAUCAAAUCCAUGCAGCUGGGCCUCCACACCCAGACGGUGUCCUGCCUUAACAAGUGUGACAUCGCACUCAAGCGAGACCUCAUGGGGAACAUCCUGCUCUGUGGGGGCAGCACUAUGCUCAAGGGCUUCCCUAACCGCCUGCAGAAGGAGCUAAGCAGCAUGUGCCCCAAUGACACCCCACAGGUCAACGUUCUGCCUGAGAGAGACACCGCAGUGUGGACUGGUGGCUCUAUCCUGGCCUCGCUCCAGGGUUUCCAACCACUGUGGGUUCACCGCUUUGAGUACGAGGAGCAUGGGCCUUUCUUCCUCUACAGAAGGUGCUUCUGAACUGGUGGCGGCGUGGCCACGGUGGUGACAGUGUGUCAGCUUUACUGCGUGAGGGAACACCUUUCUACAUAUGGUGUGUGAGCUGGCAUGUUCAUUCCUGUAGCAUUAAAGACCCCUCGUGUCCCCUUCCCUUCACAGCACGCCUAUUUCCUGACGGAGUAGGAGCCACACAGAUGUGUCCUUGCCUUAAGUGACACAAACACCUGGGAGUGGAGUGGGGCCACGAGAGUCAGACAUGCGCUAUGCUGACCGCUCAGUUUCUCUUGGAAGAAACUUGUUCUAACAUUACGCUUCCCACUGUAGGAACUACUCUGUUGUUAAAACAUGCUUAAGGAAAAAUGUGUUAAAAAAAGAAAAAAAACGGGUUAAGAGUAAAUGAUGUUAAAGUAUACAAGGGGAUCCUCAUCCACAAUCCCCCCCCCCCAGAAUGCUGAAUAAGUUCAGUCUCCCAUAAAAACAGUACCGUAUUUCCCAUCUGACAGCAAACUCAGAAUAUGCUGGCAAUCUACCUUGUUUUAACUACCCUGUCUUAACUGUACCUCUUUUUUACUCACCAGUAUGUCUCAAAACUGGUUCAUAGAAAGCCACCAGGGUUACUGGCCGUGAAGACUUCUAUCAUUCCAUUAGCACUACGGAUGGACGCUACAAUAGAAGUACCAUUCAGGUCUCGAAACCCAGUACACAGGCAGGAACACCUGCCAAAACCAAAACAAAGACCUAAUCCAUAAAAGUCCAUAGUUCUGGCAAAGUCCCUAACUGUACUAACUUGUUUUGGCUUCUGUAGUCCCCUUCUGGCUAACUGUCCUUGCUGAGCUGCGUCAACGCAGGAUGUAGUUUUGUGCUUAAAAAGAGCAUCCUGUCCAGGAUCUAACACUAACGCAUGAACUGACUUGGUGGAGACCAUUCUCUAUGGAGAGAUACCUUGCUCAGCCUAGGCACGGGGGAGAGGGAGGGGAGCCUUGAGGUGAUGGGACAGACUUAGUUGAUUUCCCAGGAGAAGCCUUUUAUCUGAGUAGAUGGAGGGUAGAGUGGGGAAAGGAGGGGGGAUGACUAGGAUUGGUAUAUAAAAAGUAAGUAAAUUUAAAAAAAAAAAAGUUCACCCUUUUUUAAAAAGACUCAGGACUACACUCGGGUCCCAAACACCCAGCAUAGUUGUCAGCUAAUGGACUUUCUGGCUUGAAUCCACAUACAAGCGGGUACCUCACAUUUCUGGAGACCCCAGCGAGAUUCCCAGAGAACAGACCUUGACACACUGGGGGUCUCAGAGCCCCUUGGAGCAAGGAAGUGUGGUAGCCAAGGGAGUUCCAGGGUCCCAGGACCCCCGUCUGAUUAAUUGCUGCCUAAUACCUUGGAGAAAUGAGGCCUAUACCCCAAAAAGUCACCUGGUCUGUCACCUCCAGAGGUAAGUCUGGUUAAGGUACCUUCUGUUUAGGACAUAAAGGAGAGGCCAGCUGCAGAUGCGGGCCCAGUGUCUGGAAUCCCUGUGAGACAUCACUGGACUCCCCUGGUCCAUUCAGGGUAUGAAUGUGUGGUAGCCACCCAUGGUUGUCUGUACUGUGUCUGUGUGUUUCUGUUGGUUGGACAUUUAAUGUGGGAGAGGGAGUGAGCCACCUGGAGACCUCGACUACCAUCGUCCCUAAGAUGUGGCUGCAGCAGCUGCUGCUGCCACACCAGUGGUGGUGGUGUUGAGCGCAGGUCUGGAAUGAGGCUGGAGACCCCAGCCACCCCAAUCAGUUUCCCUAUAUUGCCCAGUGGCUUUCUCACAGCUGAUGGAAAGCAGACAUGCUUCAGGAUGUAUCUGGUCCCCAGGCAGUGCUCCCAAUAGCUACAAUUGUGACUUUUAGCUCUUAAACAAUAGCCUUCACAUCUUACUGGGAUUCUUAGUCACACUUGCACCCUGAGCAUCUGGAGAACAGGCAUCUCUACCAUACAGAGGCUCCAAGAGCCAUUUGCUCAACUCCAGGAAGCUCCAGGCCUAAAUACUAAAAUGUCAAUGGAAAGCUGAUAGAACCACAUUCUUUCACAAAGCAUUAUCAAUGCUCACCGGAUCCACCUGUCCCAGUAAAGACAGGCUCCACGCAAAAACAUCUUAGUACUUCCAACAUCAUCUAAAUUUAACAGCUGGGGAAAACUUCGCAAGUUUGUUACAACAGGGAUGAAUUAUGUACUACUAUUGGUGUGGUUUGAAAGAAAAUGGCCCCAAAAGGGAGUGGCACUAUUAGGAGGUGUGGCCUUGUUGGAGGAAGUGUGUUACUGUGGGAGCAGGCUCUGUGGUCUCUUAUGCUUAGGAUACUGCCCAGUGUGUCAGCCGAUGUUCUGUGGUCUGUGUCAAGAUGUAAGAUUCUCAGCUCCAGCACCAUGUCUGCCUGCAUAUGAUAAUGGACCGAACCUCUGAAACUGUAAGCAAGCCCCCUUCAAUUUGUAAGAGUUGCCAUGGUCACAAUGUCUCUUAAGACAACUAUCUAGUGAGUAUGAAACUGUCGAAGAAUUUUUAAAAAGCCUCUAAUUAAAAUAAACUGACCUAUUUCUAGACUUGACGAGAAAGAGAGAGAGAGAGAGAGAGAGAGAGAGAGAGAGAGAAAGAGAGAGAGAGAGAGAGAGAGAGAGAAUAUUAUUCUUCCAAGCCUUUGGAAACAGGAUGAAACAAGUCAGUUAAACACCUUACAGAAAGUAAACUAGUCUGCCUAGACACUGACAAAAAUCACUCAGCAUAGGAGGCAGGGCCUGGAGAGCAAAGAGUAACCUCCAUCCCUGCUACCAUACUAUGCCUGCUGUCUACCCAAUACUGAAGUGCAGGACCUGUGUCAGCGGAUUCCAAUCCAUCCCACCCGACCACUGAUGACUCUAGCAGAGCAUACACUGGCGAUAAAGCAGUCCCUGUAACAGUGCAGGUAGAGGAGGGUCGCCUCGCAGUUAGGGUUUCUACUGCUGUGAAGAGACACCAGAACCACAGCUACCCUUAUAAAGGAAAGCAUUUAACUGGGACCGACUUAAAGUUCAGAGGUUCAGUCCAUUGUCCCCACGGUGGGAAACAUGAUCAUGACAGGAAGCAUGGUGGCACGCAGGCGGAGAUGGUACUAGAGAGGUAGCUGAGAUCUCUACAUCCAGAUCGGCAGACAGUGAGACGCUGGGCCUGGCUUAAGCAUCUGAAACCACAAAGCUUGUCCCCAGUGACACGCUCCCUCCAAGGCCACACCUAGUCGAACAAGGCCCUACCCCCUGAUAGUGCCUCUCCUGAAGAGCCCAUGGGGUCCAUUUCAUUCACACCACAAGGAGGCUUAUAGACCAAUUAAAGCGGGUAGCACAUAGCCUGAUUGAAUGGCACAUUUAAUUAAAAAUUUUUUUAAGAUUUUGUAUGUAUGUUUUGGCUGUACG